AGCAGUUUCAGGGUUGUUACCCAUCUCCGUAAAUCUUACCAUAGGGGUCUCUUGAAAGAAAAUUGCUAAGAAUUUCCAACUGGACUGUGUAAUCACAGCGCCUGGUAUCAAGAGAAGGGGGAGUGACAUGAAAUCACUGACUUGUGACAUACAUUCCUCAGCAACAGCAGCUGCUGCCUAAUGACAGCUAAUAAAGGGAAUCUUCCCUUGACAGAGCUGCAUGCCUGCAGUGGGACUGGAAUGCGUCCCAGAUAAAUCCACUGAUAACCUAGGAAGCAGAGAUCACACCCAAAGAGUAUAAAAGACGAGCUGCGGAAGAGAGAGGAUAGGACAAGGAAGAGAGAGACCUGAAGAGACAUCUCAGAAGGAGCAGCUUGAACUUCCCAUAUUCCCAACGAACCCAGCACCAUGGACGCUAAAGGCUCAUUCUCCUGUGGUUUCCUCUUGCUGCUUCUCCUCCAGUUCCAGUCCAGCAAAGCCAACCCUAUCUACAGCCUUAGCCCUGCCAAAGAACUGGCCAGCAUGGAGGCUCUUCUGGAGAAACUGGAGGAUAAAUUUGCACUGAUUGAAGCCCUGGAGUCCAAUCCUGACCUGCAAGAGCCCAAAACCCAAGAGGACAGCCCACCAGAACUUGUAGAUGACAGCGAUGAUCAGAAGGCUGAAUCCAGACUAGCACCCAGCACCCUUCUGUCCUACAGGGACCCCUUCCUCAAGAGACUGAAGGGGCUGCAGAUGCCCAGGAUGAUGAGAGAUUCUGGCUGCUUCGGGAGGAGAAUUGACAGAAUUGGAUCCCUGAGCGGAAUGGGUUGCAACGGUUCCAGGAAGAAUUAGGAAGACCUCCCUACCCUGUGCUAUGAAGAAUGCUUUACAGUACCCGUUCCUCCCAAGAUGAAAGAUAGAAGCUUUCUAAGCUCUUCAAUGGAAAGUUAUUCCUAUUUUUAUUUAUUUAUUUAUUUAUUUAUUUGAUGUUUUUUAAAGAACGUUUCUUACUCUAGCACCAAGAGAUCAUCUUUAAAUAAAACUAACACGUUAGAUAUCUAUGCUGGACUUCUCUCCUGUCUGUUACAUCAAACCUUCGUGUAUUUUCCUAAAGUCAAAAGCCUGUGUUUUAUUGGUAUGCUGGCACUCACAAGGCUGGAUCUCACUUAUGCAAGACUGAGAAUGUAUGAACUUGGGAGAAACAAGAAUGAGUGUUUCACUAGAAUUUUCCUCUCUACUCUAGGAAAUUUUAACAGAUUAGCAGGAAAAAAAAAUUGCUCAACCUUGGAAGCCCAGCAUGAGCCCUACUAUAGACAGGGUGUCAGUAACAAGAGAGUCCUUCUGCUGGUAUAGAUUAUUCAGUCAAGAGAACCGCCACUCCAUUACAGUAAAUUCCUCGUAUGUAGGCAAAAUUUACAAGAAAAAAAAUUUAGAAAGAUCACAAAACUACAAAAGUUACAA